AGCAGAGCAGUCAAGGCAUGAUGAGCCAACUCGAAUUGCUGAACAAAGAGAUAAACCACCAAAAAUCAAUGAAGAUUCCAAUGUUAGUUUUGAAGAUUCCUGGCCACCAACUGUUCUACACAAGCAGUUCAUCAUUCAAAUACCUGAUGUUGUGGGUCAAUUAGAAGGAGUAGUGCUGAAAAGUGACUUACCUGAACUGAGCGAUACAAAUCUUCACCAAAUUGAGGAAAAUUCAAACAUUUGGACCUCUUAUGAAAUACCAGUUCCCAUAAACAAAGAAGAAAUAUGUUAUUCAUAUGAAAUAAAAUGCAAAGUAGGAUGGAAAGUGUGGAAGAACAAAGUUGUUACAGAAAGUAGAACACGAAAGGUCCGCCCAUGCAUUAAGCAGCGAGAUGUUUUUAUUUUACCAGAUAUUUCAAAAUCUGCUCAACGGCAAGAUCAGUUUAAUGGAAAACUGUGUUUAUUUGAAAACAUGCUUGCUGACAGAACAGAAACAAAGCAGUGUUUAAUUGAAUGUGAAGAGAUGGACUUCCCAGGGAAUUUAUCAAGAGAGGAAAGUGGGGAGUUAUGCAAGUGGACAAUGCAUUUCAUAGAGAAACAUGAGAAACACAAGUACAGCACAGGAAAAAUCUUGGUGGCUUACCUUGUUGCAGUGAGAAGUUUAAAGUAUUCACAAUCAUCAAGAAAGCUGCUUGAUAAUAGAAGUGCAAUGCUUAUCAUUGGAAAGUUGAAAUCUUGCACUGUUGCUGACAUACCAGAGAGUUACAUGGGUAUGGUUGAAAGACUAGCAGUGGAACUUUGCCAGCUUGCUUUUAGCAACAAAAGUACUUUGUUGCACUUAAUUGACAAUUUUAACCACCUGUUGGGCAUGGAAACCAUCAUUAACAUUAUUUCUUCACGUGGGGGAGAAUUUUGUUCUCCAUUUGAUACAACAGAAAACAAAAAACUAUUUGAAACUGUGAUGUCUAGACUGACUGCUUCAGAUGUUGCACCCAGACACCUCAAAUGUUUGUUUGAGAAACUUAUUUCUCAGUGUGUUAGUCCUUUAGACUUGUUGUUUUUUAAAGAUGAGUGCAUUGGCUGGUCUUGUGAUGAAUCACUGAUAAAUGACUGCAUGAAGCUUACAAGGACCCGCAUGGUGAUUGCAUUAAAAGAAUUCACUAAGCAAAAUUACAGUCCAGAAAAACUGAAAGAAGUUUUUAACUUGUGGUGCAAAGUUAGAGAUGAUGAUAUGAUAUGCAAUCCAGAGAUACAAUGCAUUUUUGAAGAUAGCAUCUUUAGGAAACUACAGUCUCAGAGAGUUGCCGAUACAAUUUGGAAAGAUGACACAGCAGAGAAACUGCAGGCCUUUAUAAUGGAAUCCAAAGUGUUUCUGUGUGAAGAAAAAGGUUAUGACAUGCUUUUACUUUUAUCAAAAAGUAAGCACCAAUGUCUUCAUGCUCUUGUUCCAAGUAUUUUAGCAACAGACAAAUUUACCAGGUUGUCACAAGAUAAAUUGGAAAAAGUCACACAAACUUGGUUGAAGAUGGCAUCAGAACACCAUAGCAAGACUAAAGCUGGACCACUUUCAAAGCCAUCUGAUCGUAUCCUGUACAUAUACCAAUAUCUUCUCCAAGCCAUUGAGGUUCCAUCUGUAAAGACCUGUGUCACUAUGACAGAAGACCUGGAAGCUUUUGUUAAGGGCAUUAUUCGUCAAAUUGGCAUAUCUUCAGUUCUUGAUAAGGCUCACAAGAUGGAUAACCUCCCUGAUCAUGCACAGUCUCUGUUUCGUGAACAUGUCAAAGAUAUUAUCAGAGCUGACUCCAGUGACUCUGGUGCAUCUUUGGAGACAAUCAUUAAAGGCCUGAAAGGAUCUGACAUGCAUCUGUACAUUAACAGAUCAUCAGCUUGA